AUGUGGUCGUCACUCCGUACGAUCUCCAACCCGUCCGUGCGCACCCGCCGCUUGGCCACAUCGACGUUCUUCAUCGCCACCUUUGCCGCGUCCAUCCUGACGGUCUCGUUGAGUGCAUCGACGAUCCUACCCUGCCCCGCCGCCCGCUCCGGAUCGAGAGGCGUGCGCGCCGACGAAGAAAAGGAUGCGAGAGAGCAGCUGGGCGUCGGACAAAAGGUUCAUCUGACCAAAAAGGGGGGGUGGAUAGAGAUCGCCCAGCCAACGAGGAGGAUAGCCCGGCCCAAGGAGGGCGCGGAGAAGCAAGAGGCGAGUUGA